AGUCUCUUUAAUCUGUAGUGUAACCAAAACGUAGUGAUUAUUUAUUUUCUAUGUUAGUGAUUACAAACUUAAUUUAUAAACUUUAAAUAGUAAGGUAUUUAGAUAAUAAUUAACAGCAAAACAUUUUCAUUUUUAAACAUUUUGAUAAACAUAGGAACAUUAUCGAAACAAAAUGCCGUUAAAUUUGCAAGGAGUGAGACAGUAUCUGAGUGAACUGAGAAAUUCAGGGGGACUUCACAGAGAUCAAGCAGAAAAGUAUCGUAAUGUUCUUAUAGAAAUUCUCAAAAACCCAGAAGGUGAAUUAGCAGAAGCUCUCAAGGCAUUCGUUGAAGCAAUUGUAAAUGAAAAUGUAAGCCUAGUAAUAUCUCGACAGCUGCUCACAGAUGUCAGUGCCCACCUUGCCAAUCUUCCUGACAAUGUUUCCCAAGAAGUAUCACAUUUUGCACUUGAUGUCAUUCAACCUCGGGUUAUAUCAUUUGAGGAACAGGUUGCCAGUAUUAGACAACAUUUGGCUGAUAUCUAUGAGCACAAUCAAAACUGGAAAGAGGCAGCAAAUGUCCUUGUUGGCAUUCCUUUAGAAACUGGCCAGAAGCAAUACUCUGUCGAUUACAAGUUAGAGACAUACUUAAAAAUAGCUCGCUUGUACUUGGAGGUUGAUGAUCCCGUGCAAGCAGAGGCAUUUGUCAAUCGAGCAUCACUACUGCAAGCCGAAACUACUAAUGAACAGCUUCAAGUAUAUUACAAAGUGUGCUAUGCUCGAGUGUUGGAUUAUAGAAGGAAAUUUAUAGAAGCAGCUCAAAGGUACAAUGAAUUAUCAUAUCGCAAUAUUAUACAUGAAGACGAGAGAAUGACGUGUCUUAGGAACGCACUUAUCUGUACAGUGCUAGCUUCAGCAGGGCAGCAAAGGUCUAGAAUGCUCGCAACACUCUUUAAAGAUGAAAGAUGUCAACAACUACCUGCAUAUUCAAUUCUAGAGAAAAUGUACUUGGAUCGUAUAAUUCGCAGAUCUGAAUUGCACGAAUUUGAAGCUCUUAUGCAGACCCAUCAGAAGGCAACUACAGCUGAUGGAUCGACGAUCCUGGACCGUGCAGUAUUCGAGCACAACCUACUGUCAGCCAGCAAGCUAUACAAUAAUAUAACGUUUGAGGAACUGGGCGCACUGCUCGAGACACCACCAGCGAAAGCCGAGAGAAUUGCCAGCCACAUGAUCAGCGAGGGCAGAAUGAAUGGAUACAUAGAUCAAAUCAGUUCCGUUGUACAUUUUGAAACUCGCGAGAUUCUACCACAAUGGGACAAACAGAUUCAAAGUCUGUGCUAUCAAGUGAAUAGCCUCAUUGAAAAGAUAGCCGCUGCUGAACCAGAAUGGAUGGCGAAACUCAUGGAAGAAGAAAUGAUACAGUAAUUUUGAUCCAAUCGACUUGCUUAGUUUGAUUUCAUAAAUAUGAUUAUUUUAUAUAGUUAUAAUCAGCAUUGUUUGUCCUGCUUUUGUGAAGAUGACUUCUUUUUUCAAAUAUCGCUAAAGAAAAACCAGAAAUCAUUUGAUAACAUCUGCUAUUUACCACAAAAUAUAAAUGAAACAAAUUUGUCCUUACCUUUAAUAGCCAUUUUCAUUGUGAAUAUAUUGCAUAAUUAAACAAAAAUCUUGUCAA